UGGAGUAACAAAGCCAGCGUAGUAACUUUUUAUCACCAGCGUCAGGCAGCAGUUUGCCCCGCGUGGCGUGUGCAGCGUGUCAGAAACCCACGAGAAGAGGAACAUCGACCACAUUCCAACAGCACAAAGUUAGCAUUAGCACAAAAGGCGCAUCUGGCUGCGUGCGCCACAAGCCUCAGUCCAUUUAUACUGAAAAAAACGACUUCACGGACCUAGUGCACAUGGCGUUAUCCCAGAAAGGUGACCAGAUGCCCCGUCUGAGUCCUGGCCCUGGUCUGAAGCAGGAAAUCCCAGAGACUCUGCAAAUUAAAGAGGAGCCAGAAGAAGAGAGCAUCAAACAGGAGGAAGAGGAGCAGAAGGUUAAACAGGAGGAAGAGGAAGAGAGGGUCAAAAAGGAAGAGGAAGUGUGUGUUCCCGAGUCCAAUGCUGUGUGUGUCAAGACAGAAGAGUCAUCACUGCUUCAACAAAGAGAGGACACACAGGGAGAGGACAUCAGCUCAGAGACUGAGGGAGACACAGAGCACUCUUCUGACAAUCAUGAAGACUGGAGAGCUCCAUUCAGCUGUUCAGAUGAUGAAGACCAUGACUACAACCGAGUCCAGAUCAGAGCCAGAGGCACCACUGCACCAAUCUCAGGUGUCCAGAUGCCCUCUCUCAGUCCCGGUCUGAAGCAGGAAAUUUCAGAGACUCUCCAGAUUAAAGAGGAGCCAGAAGAAGAGAGCAUCAAACAGGAGGAAGAGCAACUGCAAGUGUGUGUUCCCAUGUCCAUUGCUGUGUGUGUGAAAACACAAGAAUCCUCACUGCUCCAACAAAAAGAGGACAAACAGGGAGAGGACAUCAGAUUAGAAACUGAGGGAGACACGGAGCACUCUUCUGACAAUGAUGAAAACUGGAGCGCUCCAUUCAGCUGUUCAGCUGCACAGAUGGAGACAGUGGUGAAUGGAGACCAGGUCAACCAGAUCAGAGCCAGAAGCACCAUUUCACCAAACUCAGGUCUAUCUCCCAAAUACAAGUCUGCACCAGAGACCAGUCCCACAGUGGAUAAUGGAGACAUGACAGGAACAGCUGAAGGAGCUGAGAGCAGGAAACACCAGUGCUCUUUUUGUCAAAAGAGAUUUGGGUCUAAAUAUGAUUUACAAAGACACAUUAGAGUUCACACAGGGGAGAAACCAUUCAGCUGCCCAUUCUGUAAGAAAACAUUUACCCAAAAUAGUAAUCUUGCCAUACACAUGAGAGCACACACAGGAGAGAAACCUUACAGCUGUUCAAUUUGCAAGAAAGAUUUUACAAAUCCCUCGAGCCUCAAAUAUCACAAGGGAACACAUACAGGUGAAAAACCAUUCAGCUGUUCAAUCUGUCAAAAAGAUUUUACAAAUUCCUCUAGCCUCAAAUGUCACAUUAGGACACACACAGGAGAGAAACCAUUCAGCUGUUCAAUCUGUAAGAAAAAUUUUAAAAACUCCUCCAGCCUAAUAUACCAUAAGGGAACUCACACAGGAGAAAAACCUUUUAGUUGUUCAGUCUGCGAGAAAACAUUUACCCAAAAGAGUCAUCUUACAGUACACAUGAGAACGCACACUGGAGACAAACCAUUCAGUUGUUCAGUCUGUGAGAAAACGUUCACCGUAAAAGGUUACCUUGAAGAACACAUGAGAACACACACAGGUGAGAGACUAUACAGCUGUGCAAUCUGUAAGAAAGACUUUUCUCAUUCCUCUGGUCUCAAAUAUCACAUGAGAACACACACAGGAGAGAAACCUUACAGCUGUCCUAUCUGUGAGAAAACAUUUAUACAAAAGAGUAAUCUUGUAAAACAUUUGAGGACACACACAGGAGACAAACCCUGCAGCUGUUCCAUCUGUAACAAAGACUUUGCUCAUUCCUCUAGUCUCAAAUGUCACAUGAGAACACACACAGGAGACAAACCUUACAGCUGUUCUGUCUGCAAGAAAGAUUUUACGCAUUCGUCUGGCCUCAAAUAUCAUCAGAGAACACACAUCGGCGAAAGACCUUACAGCUGUUCAGUCUGUGACGCACAGUUUACCUCUAGUUCUUAUCUGAAUAUUCAUAUGAGAAGUCACACAGGAGAGAAACCUUACAGCUGUUCUGUUUGUAACACACGGUUUACCCAGCGCUCUAAUCUGAACAGACAUAUGAGAAGCCACACGGACGAGACAUAGGCUGACAUGACUGCUGUGUUCGUGCGAUGUUACAGUGUUUUGAAGAUUUUAUUAUUUAAAAUUAUACAGACUUCUGUGGCAAACGUAACUGGUAAAGAUUAAAUAUGCAUGGACUUUGUUUGUGGUUAAUAUGUCCGUAAUUACUGUAUCAGCUAUUGGAUACUUAAUAGAAAAAAAUAAAAGUAAAUCCCCCAUAU